UCCAACUCUAAUUCAAUAGGAGCUCAGCUGCGCUGUCGGUCUGUCGGUGUCGAGAACGGGCUGACCAUUUCAGGGAGAGCCGUGCACACAGCUGAGACGGUUUAUCGGAACAGCGGAUACGAUUCAGGCAGAGACAUUUUAACAUAACCUACACAUGAAGGCAAAUAUGGAAGAAAUCUCCUAAAUUUUGGAUUCCCAGAGCUCGUCUUUUUUUCUCCCUGGAGCGCAUGUCUUGAUUCUGCCGACUAAUGAGUGAAAAGCAAGAAGAAAUCAAACCCCGACCUUGCCACGGAUGAGAGCGUAGUGAUGCUGUGAUAACUGUGACUGAACAGACAGGAGGGGAAAAAAAUCAGGGAGAAGUUGUGCGGGAUAUUGUGGUCAGAUGAAGCAGAUGUUAGUUUGCUGAGGAGGUUGAUAGAUCCUGAGGACCGCGCAGACCACCCUCACAUUAUGGUCCCCGGGGCCCCCAGCACGACCACCACCAUGCUCCCCGCAUCCGAGGCUGCCAAGAUCUACCAGACCAACUACGUGCGAAACUCCCGCGCCAUCGGCGUCCUAUGGGCCAUCUUCACCAUCCUCUUCGCCAUCGUCACCGUGGUGUGCUUCAUCCAGCCGUACUGGAUCGGGGAUGGCGUGGAUACGCCGCAGGCGGGCUACUUCGGUCUGUUCCACUACUGCAUUGGAAACGGGCUGUCCCGGGACUUGACCUGUCAGGGCAGCUUCACCGAGUUCAGCAGCAUCCCCUCCGGUGCGUUCAAAGCUGCCUCCUUCUUCAUCGGCAUGUCCAUGGUGCUGGUGCUCACCUGCAUCACCUGCUUCGCGCUCUUCUUCUUCUGUAGCACCGGCACCGUGUACAAGAUCUGCGGCUGGAUGCAGCUGGCUGCAGGUACGUGUCUGAUUCUGGGCUGCAUGAUCUACCCAGACGGCUGGGACAGCGAUGAGGUGAAAAGGAUGUGUGGCGAACAGACGGACAAGUACACACUAGGCGCCUGCUCAGUGCGCUGGGCCUACAUCCUGGCCAUCAUGGGCAUCCUGGAUGCUCUCAUCCUCUCCUUUCUGGCCUUCGUCUUAGGAAACCGCCAGGACAGUCUGAUGUCUGAGGAGCUGCUGGGAGACAAGAGCGGUAAUAACGCCAUAUAACGUCUGCUGAUGCCAAAGCAGCAACACACACACAGUGUCUGCAGGUCUUACCACCUAGAUGUAAAGUCACUUCAGGAUCCAGCUUUCCUCUCCUAGUCAACCUUGGAGCUUGGAUGCAGAACUGAUGAGUGGAGAAUCAACAUCAAAGAAGAAGAAGGACAGGAGGAAGUCUGGAAGAAGCCACACAACCUCAUUAUGGAGACUAGGAGACCUUUUGUCCUCCCUGGAAGCUCUUUCUGUAAAAUAGUCCUCAGUUGCAUCUCAAACUGCUAAUUUUUGCAGGAUAAAUACUUUAAAAGACUUUGCCCGUCUUGGUAGGUUCAUCAUCACACCCGAGCUGUUCUGGAAGCGAGGAUGGCCGCCAGUGCAGAGGUUCAGCUGAAAAAAAAAAAUUAAACAAAGUGAGAAAGACAUGGCACAUCAGCU